CACUGAACAGAACCAGACAGGAAGACAAAAAGAUAGACGGAGAUAGCUCAACCAAGCUAAGAUGGAAUACAAUUCACUGCUACGAAGCCCAAAGAAAGAGGAGAGACAAGUACCCGAAUAUGUCUUCCCCGUAUCACCGGAUUUCUCCAACCAUGAUUUCAAUGUUUUGGAUGAACUGGGCGACGGCGUUUUAUGCUCUGAACAGGACCACAGAAAACUACAGAAUAGUCUUUAUGGUAGCCAGCUUAAUUGGGACUUCAUGGAAUUGGAGGGUUUCUCAGCUGUCGAUGCAGAGGAACCAGAAGUAGCAGACGAUGACGAAGGAGAAGAAGAAGAUGAGGAGGAAGAGGAGAAGCGGAUGAGAAGCAAAUGCCUUGUGGAAGACGACAAGAUUAUAAAGAGAGAAAACGGAGGCCUCUGGGAGGAAGACGAUGAGAAGAUGACGUCUUUGAAAUUGAGCUUGAACUAUCAAGAGGUUUUGGAUGCAUGGUCUGACCGUGGCCCUCUCUGGGCCGACGAUUGUUCUCUUUCAAUGCCUUCCAACGUUAACAAUGGCUUCUGCUAUAUGGGAGAAGUUCCAACGGUGCAGGAAGAUAGAAGCAGAAGGAAUGCGAGUGUUAGAAGGUACAAAGAGAAGCGUCAGAGCAGACUGUUCUCCAAGAAGAUAAGAUACCAAGUCCGAAAACUAAAUGCUGAUAAAAGACCCAGAAUCAAGGGUCGCUUUGUGAAGAGACUUUAAAAGAUGGAGAACGUAAGGGGUGGGAGGAGGAGGGGAGACCAAAAUAUCUCUCAAAAAUAUCUCUCAGAUUCCUUGUA